UGUCGAGAGGGAGUAUUUCGUGAAUAUCCCCACACAACACAGUAGAAAGUGCAAAACAAUAUGAAGUGCCCGUACUGUGCGGCGGCUCAAGGGCGGUGCGCCACCACAUCUGCUGGUAGAUUUAUUACGGAAUGCAUAUCCUGUGGCCGAGUCGUGGAAGAACGCCAAACCCAAUCCCAUCACCUCUUCCACAUACGUGCUCAAGACUCUCCUCUCUGCCUUGUUACCUCCGACCUCCCCACACUCCCCCACUCUAUCAUCGACCAAUCCACCACCACCGCCGUCCCUAUCUCGGAGGAAGAAGAAGAAGACCCCUUCGAGCCUACCGGAUUCAUCACCGCCUUCUCCACAUGGUCACUCGAACCCUACCCGGUCUUCGCACAAUCAUCUCUCUCGUUCGCUGGGCACUUAGCCGAACUCGAACGCGUCCUUGAAACAACGUCCUCCUCCUCGGCAUCCGGUCCGUCGGUGGUCGUCGAUAACCUUAGGGCUUAUCUUCAGAUAAUCGACGUCGCUUCAAUACUAGGGUUGGAUUGUGAUAUUUCCGAUCACGCGUUUCAGCUUUUUAGGGAUUGUUCGUCAGCGACAUGUUUGAGGAACCGGAGCGUAGAGGCACUCGCCACCGCCGCGCUUGUCCAAGCUAUUCGAGAGGCUCAAGAGCCCAGAACUCUUCAGGAAAUCUCAAUUGCAGCCAAUUUACCUCAAAAAGAGAUUGGAAAGUACAUAAAGAUUCUUGGAGAAGCUUUGCAACUAAGCCAGCCAUUAAACAGCAAUUCCAUCUCAGUUCAUAUGCCUAGAUUCUGCACUCUUCUCCAGCUUAACAAAUCUGCUCAGGAACUAGCAACACACAUUGGUGAAGUAGUAAUCAACAAAUGUUUCUGUACACGUAGAAACCCCAUCAGCAUAUCCGCAGCUGCAAUCUACUUAGCCUCUCAACUCGAAGACAAACGCAAAACACAAGCCGAAAUAUGCAAAGUCACGGGACUCACGGAAGUCACUCUCCGUAAAGUCUACAAAGAAUUAUUAGAAAAUUGGGACGAUCUUCUUCCUUCAAAUUACACGCCCGCGAUACCUCCCGAAAAAGCGUUUCCUACUGCCACCAUUGCGUCUGGGCGCUCUUUAGCACCCAGAAUCAAUGAUGGUGUGGAUACUGAAAUAAUUAAAAAUAUAGAAAAUGACACGUGGAAGUUUCCGGUGGGGACACAGGAAAUGGAUGUGGAUGGCGGCGGUGGUGGUGGUGCGCGGUUGUGGCCGCCGCCGGUUUCGUCGUUUGUUACACCGGGGAGUUCUCAAGGUAAUGCUAGGAAUAUGCAAAAAGGUGGAAGGGGGUUUGGGUAUUGGGGAUCUUAAUAGACAUGGUAGUGAUAAUAGGAAUUAAUGUGUUGUGUUGUGUGUGUGUAUAUAUAAGAUGUUAAAAAGGAUUAUUGUUAUAAAUGGGUAACAAACUCUUUGUUUUUUUUUUCAUAAAUAUCAGUUAAUAGUAAUUGUGUAAACAAAA